UUUCUACGGCACAUCCCUGUGAAACUUCAAGAUUUAUUUUGAAUUUAAAUGAUGUUAUUUUGUUUUAUGCUAAUCAUUACAUUUGAAUUGCAUCAUCGCAGUGUCAGAUGUUGUCUUUUCAUGUUUCCAUAUGGAAACGAAGAAAUCAAAUUAAAUAACAUCAAUACGAAAACACGUCUCAAUAGGUGUUUUGACAGCUAGAGAUAUCAAUUAAUUGUAAACGCCAGUCUAUGAUAUUUAAACAUAUGGUCAUACAACACAACAUGUUGUUGUUCUGUCAUCGUGACACGUUUGCAAAAAUUCAUUCUCUCCGUCGAUUUUGUGCAGUUCGGAGACCCCUUCCCAUGCUCGGUUAAAGAUGGUUAACAUGGCUCGUCGGCUAUUAUGUGUGACAUACGUCUUAUGUCUGUCUUCUCUUCCCCUGACUGUGUGUGGUACGAACGCAGAAUUGACUGCAAAGAUCUUUGUGACCGAUGAAGACACCGAGAACAAGAUUUAUGUUGCAGAUCUACAAGAUGACCUAGACUUCUCUUCUAUACCAUCCACUAAAGAACCACGUUAUAUUACGUAUGACUCCGUGGAGAAGAAGAUCUACUGGACUGACAAGGAUACAAAACGAGUUUAUCGUGCUGAUGUGGAUGGUGGAAACAGGGAGGUGGUCACUUCUGAAAGCAGCGAUGAACUACGAGGAAUUGCUAUUGCAGAGACAUCUCGAACUCUCUACAUCGCAAAUAAAAGUCCGAAGAAAAUUACAUCGGUAUCGAUUGCACAAGGAAGCCCGUUUCCUAGGGCUGAGACGGACUUUGCAUCCGGGUUAUCUGAAGAGCUAUAUUCCUUAGAAGUGGAUGAAGAGAAAGGAUUCUUGUACUGGUCGCUGAAAUACUCUAUAGAGCGCAAACCACUCGUUGGAUCUGGAGGCACGCAGACUAUUUACCAAAACAGCGAUCUAUCCGAAAUCACUGGAUUGAGCAUUGAUCUCAGCAGAGAUCCACGACGCAUAUUUUUCUGUGACUUUGGAAAGAAACAAUCUUUCUACAAGGACGUAAACCAACCUCUCACCAGUACGGGGUCGGCUGACGAGCUCACAGACUACAUGAAUGACGCUGACAUCAGUGGCGAAAAAGAGCGAGAAAAACUGCGAGAUAUAAGCUACUUCGAUGGCACCCUCUACUGGACGAAGGAAGGCGGUCCCAAUGGCAUCGCUGUAAUGACUAAUUACGAUCAAAGCAGCCCAUCAUUCGACAUCAAAGAAACCAGUGCGAUUGGCAAACCCUUUCAAUUGCUCACCAUUAACGUAAAUCCAUGAUCAAUAUUUGACAGAAAUUUAAGAGCCCGGGGUGUAUUAUUAAUUUGAUUCAACGUUAUAAACAUUGUCAUAUCAGAUAUAACUGGAAAACCACCGCCCCCCCCCC